UCUGGUUGCCGCUGCCCGUUACUGGGAGCUUCUCGCUCGGCCGCUGAAGUCCGCGCCGGGCUUCCACCGCCGGCGACAUGUUGCAGAAGUCGCGGAGCCGGGGCCGCCCCAGCUCCCAUGCCGACCGGGACUGGAGCCGCGGCGGAGAUAACCGGGCUGCGAGGAGCGGCGUGACUGAAGAGGCCCCGAGCACCUCUCGCGGGGCGGGCGGCUCACAGGAGCCCCGCGGCUCCUCGUCGCAGGGCGCCCGCCGGGCCGAGGCUGCCCCCGCGGUGGAGCCCAGGUCCCAGCAGCAGCUGGAGCUGAAGGUGGCGGAGCUGGUGCAGUUCUUGCUGAUCAAAGACCAGAAGAAGAUCCCCAUCAAGCGGACCGACAUCAUGAAGCACGUCGUCGGGGACUACAAGGACGUGUUCUCGAAGCUCCUCAGACUGGCCGCCGAGCGCCUCGAGUACGUGUUCGGGUACAAGUUGGUGGAACUGGAGCCCAAGAGCAACAGCUACAUCCUGAUCAACACCCUGGAGCCCGUGGAGGAGGACGCCGAGGUGCGGGGCGACCAGGGCACGCCCACCACCGGCCUGCUCAUGAUCGUUUUGGGGCUCAUCUUCAUGAAGGGCAACACCGUCAAGGAGACGGAAGUCUGGGACUUCCUGCGUCGCCUCGGGGUGUACCCCACAAAGAAGCACCUAAUUUUCGGAGACCCAAAGAAACUCAUUACCGAAGAGUUUGUGCGGCAGCGUUACCUGGAGUACCGGCGGAUACCCCACACGGAUCCGGUGGACUACGAGCUGCAGUGGGGCCCGCGGACCAACCUGGAGACCAGCAAGAUGAAAGUGCUCAAGUUCGUGGCCAAGGUCCAUAACCAGGACCCCAAGGACUGGCCGGCCCAGUACUGCGAGGCUUUGGCAGAUGAGGAGGACCGGGCCAGACCUCUGGCCAGUGCCCCGGCCGCCUCUUCUUGAAGUCUUAGGUUUGGGGGUUGGGGGUCCCGGGGGCAGGCGUCCAAGUGCACGGGCUUCGAGGGUUGUCGGUUGGAGGGAGCAUAUUUCUGUAACACGUACAUCUGUGUAGCUUUCGGACUUGUUUGCAAACUUUGGUGUUUGGGGUUUUUUUUACUGUUAAAAGGUAUUUGGUUUCCAAUUUUCAUUUUUAAAUAUACGAGGAGAGGCUUUAUUUUGUUUUACUGCCUGUGGGUUUUUUUUCUUGUGUGUGUAAAACCUUGGCUAGCUUUAUACAACUAAUUGGAAAACUUUGUACCGAGAUCUGGAACAAAGGACACAGUGAAGUGUUUUGGUGCCAAGAAAAUAAAAACAAAAUGGCUAUUACAUGGCUUCUUAACUACCCCAGUUUGUAAGGAAAAAUAAAAACCUUUAUAAAUUAAAAAAUAUAUAAUUGUUCAUAUCCUUUUUUGCUUUAACAGCUAUUUUAUAUUUUGUUUAUGUAUAUAAGCAUUAUACAU